GUCUAGAGCCUACUCUGAGUGACGUUACGUCUUUACGUUCUUCACCGGAUCGAAUCAAGGAAAAACGCAAAGCUCGAAAUCAUUUUAUCAUGUCUACUGCGCCUACAAAGAAGUUGGGUGGCCGGACCGCUAUCGUCGGAUGCGGCUCCCGUGGCCAGCUCUUCCUCAGGGGGGUCGUCGACAGGAUAAAGAACAACCCUGCGAACAAGGUCGUCGCUUUCUGUGAUAUCAACAAGGGAAGGGUGGGCUAUUAUAAUAGGUUGUUGCAGGAGCUCGGACAGCCGCCCGCCGCCGAAUACACCUUCGACGCCUUCACCCAGAUGCUCACCAACGAACAAGUCGAAGUCUUAGUAGUCACCACCGUAGACGCGACACACGAUCGAUACAUCAUCCCAGCUCUUCAAAGGGGGAUCAGGGUCUUGACGGAGAAACCUAUGACGACGGAUAUCGAGAAGAGUAAAGCGAUCUUGAGGGCGGUUAGGGAGACUGGGAAUCGGUUGACGGUGACGUUUAACUACCGCUUCAACCCCGUCCACGAACAAGUCUACAAACAGCUCGCCUCCGGUGUCAUCGGCAAACCCAUCAGCGUACACUUUGAAUGGUUAUUAGAUACUGUACAUGGGGCGGAUUAUUUUAGGAGGUGGCAUAGGUUGAAGGAUAAGAGUGGGGGGUUGAUGGUACACAAGUCGGGGCAUCAUUUCGAUCUGGUCAACUGGUGGCUCCAAUCCACCCCUAAACGGGUCUUCGGGAUGGGCCGCCUAGGUUUCUACGGCCAAUCCAACGGCCAAAAAUCCGGAUGGGCGAAAGACUACGACCGGGCCAUGGGUAGUAAAGAGGCCGAAGGGGAUCCGUUUGCGCUCCAUAUCGACAAGGAUCCGGUGAUGAAAGAGUUGUAUGUGGAUAAUGAACAGUGGGAUGGGUAUCAGAGGGAUCAGAACGUUUUUGCGCCGGGGAUCACGAUCGAGGACGACAUGUCCGUCUUGGUACAGUACAAGAACGGCGUCACGAUGACGUACCACCUCACGGCUUAUUCGCCUUGGGAAGGAUACAGGGUCAUGUUCAACGGAGACAAGGGAAGGCUCGAACUGGAGGUCGUGGAGACCCAGUUUAGGGAGAUCGCCGAUGCGCAGACGGUCGGACCAGGGUCGAUCCAUGGGACUCAGUCCACGCCCAACGCCGGCGGGGCCAAGAUCUCCAUCCACCCUCUUUGGAAGAAGCCAUACGAGAUCCCGAUGAAGGUCGACCACGCCGGACAUGGGGGUGGUGAUCGUCGUCUCCUCAACUCGAUCUUUGGCGCGGCCGAUGGGGAUACGCUGGAGGAAGACUCUACCAGCAACAUGGCCGCCAACGAGAUGGAUGGGGCUUAUGCGUUGGCUGUCGGGUUGGCGGCGAAUCAGUCGUUUGGCACCGGUCAACAGGUGGAUUGCGAGGAGAUGUUGGCGAUCUGAAGUGUCGUCUGAGCGCGUGUGAAAGGGUUCUUGUUGUAGUCGUUUCGUUCGAGCCACGAGGACAGCCGCCUGAUGCGUCGCUCGUCAUAAGCGAUGGGGCUUAGUUGCUCAGGUGAAUAUCAUUGCUGAAGCGG